AUGGGCAGUUCAUACUCAGAGCUAGGACUAGAAGGCGGCUCUCCCGAGUCAUGGUCCGGGGAUCUUGGCUCUACGCUCCCUGAGCGCCCCGGCCCAGGCCCUGUCCCCGGCCCCGUCCCCGGGCCCGUCCCCGUCUCCUUCCUCAGGCCACCUGAGUGCCCCAUACCCAUCUCCAACCGCAGGCUACCUGAGCGCCCCGUACCCAUCUCCAACUGCAGGCUACUCGAGUGCCCCGUCCCCGUCUCCAUCCGCAGGCCACCUGAGUGCCCCCUACCCAUCUCCAACCGCAGGCUACCUGAGCGCCCCGUACCCAUCUCCAACUGCAGGCUACUCGAGUGCCCCGUCCCCGUCUCCAUCCGCAGGCCACCUGAGUGCCCCGCUCUCUGGAUCACCAUGGUUCAGUGUGAUAACCAAAGCGCACCGCCCCCUGUGACGGUCUUCGUCUUGCUGGGCUUCCCAGCCCUACAGGAGGCCCCUCUCCCGCUCUUCUUCAUCUUCCUGGCCCUCUACACUCUCAUCGUGCUGGGCAACGUGGUGAUCCUGGUGGCGGUGGUUGGGGAUCCUCGGCUGCACAAGCCCAUGUACUUCUUCCUGUGCAACCUCUCGGCCCUGGACAUUCUCUUCACCACCACCACGGUGCCCAAGAUGCUGGCCAUGUUCCUCUCUCAGCACAACGCCAUCUCCUUUGCCGGCUGCUUCCUGCAGAUGUACAGUUUCCACACUCUCACGGUCAUGGAGUCCUUCAUCCUGGUGGUCAUGGCCUAUGACCGCUAUGAAGCCAUCUGCCACCCGCUGCACUACCCCAGCCGCAUGACCCCGCAGGCCAAUGCCAGGCUGGCAGCGGGCGCCUGGGCCAUGGCCCUGAUCAUCCCGGCCCCAGUGAUGGUGGAGACGGCGCGGCUGGAGUACACGGCCAGGGCCCCGGUGGAGCACUGCUUCUGCGACCACCUCGCCGUGGUGAGGGCUGCCUGCCAGGACGCUGGGAGCGAGCAGCAAACCUUCAUCGGCUUCUGCAUUGCCAUGACCGUCUCCUUGGUGCCCCUGCUCCUGGUGCUCUUCUCCUACGGGCGCAUCCUGGCCUCUGUUGUAAAGAUCGCCUCCCAGGAAGGCCGGGCCAAGGCCUUUUCCACCUGCACAUCUCACCUGCUGGUGGUCGGUACCUAUUACUCCUCCAUUGCUGUGGCCUAUGUGUCCUAUCGGAUGGAAAUGGCCAUCGACCUUCAUGUGCUCAGCAACGUCAUUUUUGCCAUCUUGACCCCCAUGUUGAACCCUCUCAUCUACACGCUGAGGAACAAGGAUGUAAAGGAAGCCAUUAAGAUGGUCUCUCUAAAAGUAUUUCUUCAUUUGAAAAACUCUUAG